AUGGCUGAUUCAAUCAUUUUAUCGCAGGCGUCGUCCGCCUUUGAAAAACUCCAAGAGUUGUCCAAAUUUCAAAUUGCUGGGUUGUUAUUGGCCAUCCCAUUUAUCUAUAACAUUGUUAGCCAAUUAUUAUACAAGUUAAGAAAGGACAGAGUCCCAUUGGUAUGGUACUGGAUCCCAUGGUUUGGUUCUGCUAUCCCAUAUGGUAUGCAACCAUACGAGUUCUUUGCCAAGUGUCAGAAACAACAUGGGGAUAUCUUUGCCUUUAUGUUGCUUGGGAGAAUCAUGACCGUUUACCUUGGACCAAAAGGCCACGAAUUCGUCUUGAACAGUAAGGCCUCUGCUGUCAGUGCCGAAGAAGCUUAUACCCAUUUGACCACCCCAGUGUUUGGUAAAGGGGUCAUUUAUGAUUGUUCGAACCAAAGAUUGAUGGAACAAAAGAAAUUCGCUAAAGGGGCAUUGACCAGAGAAUCUUUCAAAUCUUACGUGCCAAAGAUUAGAGAAGAAAUUUUGGGAUACAUGAACAGAUCAUCAAAUUUUAUGGGACCAGAAAAGAAGGACCACGGGAUUGCCGAUGUCAUGGUCACUCAACCAGAAAUCACGAUCUUCACUGCUUGUAGAAGUUUGUUGGGUGAACAAAUGAGAGAAAGAUUCGAUGAGAGUUUUGCCCAACUUUAUUCUGAUUUAGACAAAGGGUUCACUCCAAUUAACUUUGUGUUCCCAUGGUUGCCAUUCUUGUCGAUUUAUAAGCAAAGAGACAAUGCCCAAAGAAAGAUUUCUAGUACUUACAUGUCAUUGAUCAAUGAAAGACGUGCGAACAACGAUAUUCAAGACCGUGACUUGAUUGACACCUUGAUGAAACACUCUACUUACAAGGAUGGUGUGAAAAUGACCGACCAAGAAAUUGCUAACUUGUUGAUUGGUGUGUUGAUGGGUGGUCAACAUACUUCUGCUGCCACCUCCUCUUGGUUUUUGUUGCACUUGGCUGAAAAACCAGAAUUGCAAGAAGAAUUGUUGCAAGAACAAAAGAAGAUCCUUGGUUCAAGAAAAGAAGUCACUUAUGAUGAUUUGGCCAAUAUGCCAUUAACUAACAAUGUGAUCAAAGAAACUUUGAGAAUGCACAUGCCAUUGCACUCGAUCUUUAGAAAAGUCACCCAAUCGUUACCAGUUCCAGGCACUUCGUAUGUUGUUCCAAGAGGUCACCACGUUUUGGUUUCCCCAGGUUUUGCUAUGACCAACGAAGCUUAUUUCCCUCAUGCCGAAGAUUUCAACCCACACCGUUGGGACAAUGUUGCCGACAACAACGGUGAUGAAAAAACUGUUGAUUAUGGGUUUGGUGCUGUUUCAAAAGGUGUCAGCUCUCCAUAUUUGCCAUUUGGUGGUGGUAGACACAGAUGUAUUGGUGAACAAUUUGCUUAUUGUCAAUUGGGUACCAUUUUGAGCACUUUUGUCAAGACCAUGAAGUGGAGAUUAGUCGAUGGAGAAACCAAGAUUCCACAACCAGAUUACCAAAGUAUGGUCACUUUGCCAGAACAACCAGCCAAAGUUUACUGGGAGUUGAGAGAUAACAGAGAUGAUUGA